UGCGGGAAAAUUUAUGAUGAAGUACAUUGUCGUACUCCUCCUCUGUGCCAGUGUGCAGAACUCCUCACAAAAUAUGUUUGAGUUGCUCAAAUAUAAAAAUGAAUGUUCAUCCGAAAGCGGUAUUGGUAAAGCAAUGAAGUCAAUGCUGAAAGAAAUCAUGGCCGGUGAAUUUCCCAGCUUUACUCAGGUUACUGGUUUUCCAUUGUGCAUGAUGACGAAGAUUGGUUUUAUGGACAAAGAUGGUAAUGUAAAUCCGGACGCUUUAAAGAAGUACGUCGGUUUGAUACCGAAUGGCAAUGACAUUUUGGCGGUUGUAAGUGGCUGUAAAGAUGCCAAAGGCACUCUGCCCGAGAAGGCUUAUGAAAUCUGUCAGUGUGUUUUCCAAGGGGCCUUUAAAAAAGUGAUGGGUACAUAAUUUAAUAGGGAUAACCUUUAUGUUAUGGACGAAUAAACGCUACUGUUGUCCUUUA